GGGGGGGUUUAAGCACUGUUGAUGUUUUUGGGUGGUUUUGAAACAACUGCGGGGUUUUGUCAAGUUUCGUCCACAACCUCCCCCUAGAGAGAGAAAACCGAUAGAGAGAGAAAGCAGAGAGAGAGAGAGAGAGAAUUUUUUGGAGCGAGACAGUUUAAAAACUCUGUUUUCGUGACGUUAGUAAAUUCAUAAUUCUCGUGCAAUUCUUGAACACAACUACGAUCUUACUGAUCCAACUCGAGAUCGCUUCCUGUAAAGACAGUGAAGUAUUAUCGGGAAACCUGGUUUAUUGCAGUUGAUGAGCUCCUAUUGGCAUGUAUGCCUGAGAUAUGGUGUUGAAGAAAAGGCUGGAAUAUGGAUUCAGUGGCUACUCGGUCCCUGUUAUACCUAGAGGUCCCCGAUCUGUAAGAAAGAGAGGUUCACACAAGAAAACACUCGAGGAUGGCCGAAUUUGUGCAUUCGAACUAUUAGCGGCUGUUGCUGGCAAGUUGUUGCAGGAGAGUGAAAGUUCUACUUCUAGCAAUGUAGCAGAAGGACUGCAUCCAUCCUCCAUUCACAACGGUGGAAUUAAGCAGGAGCAAUUGGAAAAAGGUGAAGCUUUGAAAUCUGAGCGCCGUGAUCAAGGGAGCUGGGUAGAAAGUGUCUUUUCCUCUGAACUUGCACCCCGAAAGCGCAAUUUGGAAUCCUCUUUUGGAGAAUUCCCUCGUGCUGUCAGUGAUACUGUUCUGGAAGGCACCUCUGUUAUUCCAAGGUCCAAAAUUUCCACAAAAGUUCGCCAUGAUUUGAAGCUGAAAAUCCCCAAAAACAAGACAGCCGCUGAAAAUUCACCUGGCAAAGUAGAGGGAGGCUCCCCAAAUUGUGGGGAUAUUGGACGACAAAUAAAGGCUGAAGGGAAUCCUAAUCAUAAUGUAGAUCUGACAGUGGCUAUAAACUCCAAUUCAAAGGAUCCAAUGGAGAUACAUGUGAACAUUACUGACUCGUUGAUUAAUUCUGAUACAAGUGUACAGUUACCCUCAUAUAGGGAUUCGAUUCCUAAUGCUUCUUUUCCCAGGCAUAAGAACAAUGUAAAGUUACGUAGUAGAGUCGAUGACGAAAAUCCUGUUGGGUGCAAUGUAUAUAGGUCCAAGACAAGGGCCAUUAGGCCACAAACAUGUAUUGGACACCGAAGAGUUAGGAAGUUACUAGCAUCCAAAUAUUGGAAAGUAGCUCCAACGUUGGAAGAUUGUGAGUUUUCUGGCAGCGAUGGGUGCAAGAAGAAUGUUAACCGCUGUAGGAAAGCCCCUUCCACCAGCGAAGUAAUUCAAUGUCUGGUUCCUUUAAAGAAGAGGAAAUUAUGUAACCAUAACUCAACACUUGCACAUGAUCCAGAGGGAAGCAGUGAAAGUAUUUCGAACUCACCUGAGAAGGGUGUGAAGGGAGAGAAGUCUAGCCCAGCUAAGAAUUUGGGUAGAGCAAAAGUUGUAUCAUCCUCAGUUGUAGGCCAUCAAACAUCCCUCAAGUCGAGGGAUUCUCAUGUGAAGUUCAGCAUUAAGUCUUUCAAGGUACCAGAGCUUUAUAUUGACAUCCCAGAAAAUGCUACUGUUGGGUCGUUGAAGGGGACUGUUAUGGAGGCUGUGACUGCUAUACUUCAAGGUGGAUUACGUGUAGGAGUAGUUGUUCAUGGAAAAAAAGUUAAAGAUGAUAACAAAACUCUGCUACAAAUGGGUAUUUCUCAUAAUGACGACCUGGGUACUUUGAGUUUUACAUUGGAGGCUGGUUCUAGGAUAGCUUCUCAACCUCCGAACCGAAAAGAAGUCCCAAUUUUGCUGCCAUGCGAGACACACCAUCAAUUUUCCAGGUCAGCGGCCAUGGAAUCGGAGGUCUUAAAUGCUUCAUUUGAUCCUUCUCCAGCAACUAAUGUGGACAACCAUGUUGAAACUAACCAUGAAUUAGUACCUUCCACUCAUGAAGUAAUAAAAGAUGGAACAGCACCAGAUUCCAGAGCCUUGGUUGCCAUACCAGCAGUGAGUGUUGAAGCACUUGCUGUGGUUCCCGUGAACCAGAAAACUAGGAGAUGUGAGCUUGUACAGCGCAGAACUAGGAGACCUUUCUCUGUAUCAGAAGUAGAAGCACUGGUUGAAGCAGUUGAGAAACUUGGAACUGGAAGGUGGCGCGAUGUUAAACUGAGUGCUUUCGAGAAUGCAGAUCAUCGAACUUAUGUGGACUUGAAGGAUAAGUGGAAAACAUUGGUUCACACAGCAACCAUCUCCCCCCAUCAAAGAAGGGGGGAGACAGUGCCCCAAGACCUCUUGGACAGGGUCUUGUCUGCCCACGGUUAUUGGUCUCACCAUCAACACAAGCUACACGGCAAGCAUCUGAUUAACCUCUUGUGAUCUCCCACGCUCAGGCGGGAAGGGUAUGAAAUAGGGACUUACUGUAAUUUUUACAGUGUAAAAAAGCCUUAACAGGAAACCUGAAAUGGAAGUGUAAAAAGGUAAUUAGCUAAUGGUCUCAUGUGAUUGUUUUUACUCACACCAAUUCAUUGCCAGGCCUUCCCCUGUGGUGGGCCGGCGUGCGCUUGUAGAUAACUUGACAGAAUAAACAGUGUCCACUUCGGUGACUCCUGAUUUAAUUCUGUUUUUUUUUUUUUUUGUUGCAAAUAUUGUUUAAAUUCGAAGAACACAAGUGUAUGGAAAAGUUUUGUGGCAAUUUUGAAUUUGAUUGUUUCGUUCAUAAAUGACUUCUUGUCUUU